AUGUGCAGAGCAGGUAGACGAGGCUUCGUGUCUCCCAUCAGCAGAGCGGAUCUUCAGGAUGGCGAUGAGGCUGUCAGGCAGGAGUCCAGGACAGGCAGGCCACUGAAGAUGCCCGCAGCUCCAGCCACGAUAAAAGCCACCCACUUGCUGAGACUGGUGUCGGCACGCACAAGGGAAAGCAGAGGGCGCAAGUCACAAAGGAAGCGAGGGAUGACAUUAGGGCUGCAGAAAGGAAGGCGAAAAGCAUCGUGUGUGAGUCAUGGGAUUCACGGGCCCGAUGACAUAGGGACUCACCACCAGCUGGACUCAGUCUCUGGGACACGGCGACGGAAUACAGCAGGGCGUUACAGAUGCCGACACAGUGGUCAUAGGCCACGGACGCCAGAGGAAACCCUCCGCUGCCGUGAAGAACCCAAAGCACCCCUGUUGCCAAGCACAACCCCGGAAAGAGAUGGCUUUCCUGCUCACAAAGAAGUCGGAGAGUAUCCUGGGGCUCACGACAUGUCCACGAAAGACAAGUGA